CGCUCAAUUUCUCGUUCACCUACUAGUUACUAGUCAGUCAGUCAGUCGUCCGUUCCCUAUCCGUCCAGGCUAACGUUGUGCUCUUCUCCGAGAAAAACCCCCCUGAUAAAAUAUAAGUCAUCAUGAGUGAAAAAGCUGACAUCGCCCUCAUCGGUUUGGCCGUGAUGGGUCAAAAUAUCAUCCUUAACAUGAACGAUCAUGGCUACGUUGUUUGCGCCUAUAACCGCACCACAGAGAAAGUGGACCAAUUUUUAGCCAAUGAGGCAAAAGGAACAAAAGUAAUUGGUGCCCACUCUAUUAAGGAAAUGUGCGAUAAGCUCAAGAAGCCCAGACGAGUCAUGCUUCUUGUGAAAGCUGGCAAACCCGUGGACGACUUUGUUGAUCAAAUUUUACCAUUCUUGGAGAAAGGGGAUAUAAUUAUCGAUGGGGGAAACUCUGAAUAUCAAGAUACCGAUCGAAGAUGCAAGUCUCUGAAGGAAAAGGGAAUUCUCUUUGUUGGGUCUGGAGUUUCCGGUGGUGAAGAGGGGGCCAGAUAUGGUCCUUCCUUGAUGCCCGGUGGUAAUCCUGAAGCGUGGCCUCAUAUCAAAGACAUUUUUCAAUCCAUUGCUGCCAAGGUUGGAAGUGAACCAUGCUGCGACUGGGUAGGGGAGUCUGGGUCUGGACAUUUUGUCAAAAUGGUGCACAACGGUAUCGAGUAUGGAGAUAUGCAACUUAUUUGCGAGGCUUACCACUUGAUGAAAGAUGUGGUUGGAUUGGAUAAUCAACAAAUGAGCGAUGUUCUUGCGCAGUGGAACAAGGGAGAGUUGGACUCUUUUUUGAUAGAAAUUACCAGCAAUAUUUUGAAAUAUAAGGAUGCAGAUGGAUCGUACUUGGUUGAAAAAAUUCGAGACUCUGCUGGACAAAAGGGCACCGGAAAGUGGACUGCAAUUUCUGCCCUAGACUAUGGCAUUCCUGUUACUUUGAUUGGAGAGUCUGUGUUUGCUCGGUGUCUUUCAGCCCUCAAGGAUGAGCGUGUUUUUGCGAGUAAAGAAUUGCCUGGACCUGGAAAAAUUCAGUUUGACGGCGAUGUGAAAGAAUUUGUUCAGCAUAUUAGCAAGGCUUUAUAUGCUUCGAAGAUCGUGUCUUAUGCACAAGGAUUCAUGCUGUUGCGAGAAGCAGCCAAAGUUUAUGGGUGGAAUCUUAACUAUGGUGGAAUCGCCCUCAUGUGGAGAGGAGGUUGUAUAAUUCGAAGCGUCUUUCUUGGAAACAUUAAAGCUGCAUUUGAUAAAAAUUCACAACUUUCUAAUCUGCUCCUCGACGACUUUUUCAAAUCUGCGAUGAAAGAGUGUCAAACAUCUUGGAGAAAGGUUGUGGCUAAAGCCGUCGAGGUUGGGAUCCCUACUCCUUGUUUCAGCACGGCUUUAGCUUUUUACGAUGGCUUCCGUUCUGAACGCCUUCCUGCAAACUUGAUUCAAGCCCAACGAGACUACUUUGGUGCUCACACUUAUGAACUUCUUGAAAAUCCUGGUAAAUAUAUCCACACCAAUUGGACCGGCUGUGGAGGAAACGUCUCUUCGACCACUUAUGAAGUUUGAAUUUGAUGAACCUGGUGAUACAUUAUGGACCAAUAAAACUGGUAGUUAAUACUAAAUAUUUUUAGCGUAUGUAUUUUGGGAAUGGAAAACUAGCUUGUAUGCCCUUUUUUGUCACAAACUCUAAGAACAAUAGAGAAGCAAUAAAAAGUGAUAAUUAUUCAUAAUCUAUAAUAUA